UAAACUCUCUGUUCUCUGCCCCCCCAACAGCUUCGUUUUGCGGCUGCUUUGAAACCGAACCCCUCAAGAUGAAGAGGACCCUGAAUUUCUGCUCAGCCCUCAGCCUCCUGACGGCCUUCUUCUGGCAUCAGGCACGAGCAUGCGGCAGUCAAGAGUACUGGAGUUCCAAAGGCUACUGUGUCCCUUGUGAAGGGUGUCCUCCGGGAGAGGAGCCAGACAGGACAUGCGGCUACGGGAAAGGACUGGGGAUGAUUUGCAAGGCUUGCCCGGCAGGAUCCUUCUCUCCCAGUUACGGGCUGGAAUUCUGCUCGCUGCAUACCCACUGCGAAGGCAAGAGGAGGGUCCAUGCCAGCCCUGGAACAGCUGCGGCAGACACCUUGUGCGGGGACUGCAUGCCCGGAUAUUAUAGCCCCGAAGGUGAGACAGACCCAAACUCCACCUGCCUGCCUUGUUUGUCUGCCCCCAAAGGCCUCCCAGGAUGCUCAGGAUCCAGGAAGUGGCUGACCCGCCUGGCACGCAACGCUGAAGCUCUGCAGAGGCGGGACAACAAGGUGGCCGCCAACGGCACCCGGGAGGGGAAGCCAGAGGAGAACGCCACCCAGUACGCCGUCCUGGCCAUUGUCCCGGUUUUCUGCGUGAUGGGCCUGCUGGGGAUCCUCUUCUGCAACCUGUUGAUGAAGAAAGGCUAUCACUGCACCGCCCACAAGGACACGGACGAGGAGGGGGCCAAAUCCGAGAGGAACGGGAAUAGUCCUGCCUACAGAAUAGAAGAUGCCAAUGAAGACACCAUCGGGGUCCUGGUGCGUCUGAUCACAGAGAAGAAAGAGAACGCCGCAGUCUUGGAGGAGAUGCUGAAAGACUAUCACAGCAAGCAGCUCUUGCAGCCCAUCUAUAAGCCCGUCAACAAGUUGCAUCUCCUGCCUCAUCUGCCUCACAUGUGCAGGCACCAGCACCACCUCCACACAGUCCAAGGUUUGGCCACCCGCUCGGGCCCCACCUGCACCCGGUGCAGCCAGAAGAAGUGGCCGGAGGUGCUGCCCUCGACGGAAGCCACGCCUGCCACCUCCAUCGCUCCUGGCAGCGCCACCGCGAAGCUCGCGAAGCCCGGAAGCAAGGCUGGCAGGCCGGGAGAGAUCACCAUCCUCUCCGUGGGCAGGUUCCGCGUGGCCCGUAUCCCCGAGCAGAAGCCCAGCCCCUCGGAAGUGAAAACCGUUUCGGAGAGUGUGGGGCCCGAGCCUGCCGAGCCCCCCUAUGCCUGCUUCGUCCCGGAGGAAAAGCCGCUGGUCAGCAAUGGAGUGAAGCCAAAAUGGCUUACGACAGCAGAUGGCCGGCAAGAGGACAGCCCGUUCAUUGUUAGGCUCGGGGAGAGCAACCUGGUUAUCUGAAGGUGAUCAUCUGACUCCAAGCUGCCGCGACAGAGAUGGGACAUUGGAUCAUGGGGAGGCCGUGGGCCCAACAGCCCACCAUCCGAGGCUUGCGAGCGCUGGGCGUUGAAGAAGGCGAAGGACGGCCUUGUUUCCCCCCCACCCCACCCCGCUCUUGGGAAACCGCCAGCAUCCUGGAACAGAGCCAUGGGGCAGGUCCUCCAUGGGUGUAACGCCGUCCGUGCCACCUGGAGAGAGGAACUCCGGAGGACACCCUUGGCAUUGCAAAGACCUUCC